CAAUGGCAACAGUAACAGUGACCACGGAGUUUCCCCCAAUGGGUAAGACAGAAGAUAAUUCUGCCUUGUAUGAGUCUACAUCCGCUCACAUUAUUGAAGAAACUGAAUAUGUAAGAAAGAUUCGAACUACUCUGGAAAAGAUCCGAAAACAAAUGUUUAAGAAUGAAAUAGGACACAAUAGUAGAAAUCACAAACUGGAGGCGAAGCACUGUGGAAACAUUCAAAAUGGCUCUGAUUCUGAAAUGGACCCCUCUUGUUGCAGUUUGGAAGUACUCAUGGAAAAAAUGAGAGGAAAAGACCUGCAGCUAUUACAGAUGAACAAAGAGAAUGAAGUAUUGAAAAUCAAGCUGGAAGCCUCCAGAGAAGCAGGAGCAGCAGCUCUGAGAAAUGUGGCCCAGAAAUUAUUUGAGAACUAUCAAAUGCAAUCUGAAGAUGUGAGAAAAAAGCAUGAGGACAGUAAACUUUUACUCCAGGUUAACAAGCUUGAUAAAGAAGAAAAAUUGAAACAGCAUGUUGAAAAUCUAAAUCAAGUUGCUGAAAAACUUGAAGAAAAGCACAGACAAAUCACAGAAUUGGAGAACUUUGUCCAAAGGAUGGAAAAGGAAAAGAAAGCAUUACUAGAAAGAAAAUUGUCUUUGGAAAGCAAGCUGCUGCAACUCAAAUCCAACGCUUCAUAUACUAAAAGUUGCCAGGAUCUUCAAAUGGAGAUUUCCAUCCUUCAGGAGCAGAUUUCUCACUUGCAGUUUGUGAUUCAUUCCCAACAUCAGCAGCUGCGUAGCAUCAUCCAGGAGAUGGAAGGAUUAAAAAAUAACUUAAAGGAACAAGAUAAAAGAAUUGAAAAUCUGAAAGAAAAAGUCAACAUACUUGAAACCCAGAAUAAAGAACUAAAAACCAAGGUGGCCCUUUGGUCUGAAACUCCUAGGACAAAAGUAUCUAAGGCUGUGUCUACAAGUGAAUUGAAGGCCGAAGCUACUUCUCCUUACCUGAUGUUGAUUCAGCUACGGAAACGAACUGGCUAA